AUGGCUUUGGCUCAGUCUAAAUCCGAUCCAGCAAAUGCAGAAGAGUUCUAUAAGAAGGCGGAAGAGUUCUGGUCCAAUGCAAGCAGAGAUAUUGAUGGUAUGCUCGGAGGUUUCGCUAAAUUACACGCUCCAGACAUAAGAGCCUCGAAAAAUUUUAUCAAGAAAUUGAGAACUAAGAAGUUGCUUGUUGAUAACAACCGUGCGGCAGAUUGUGGGGCUGGUAUCGGACGUGUGACUCGACAUUUGUUGCUGCCAUUGUUCAAAAAUGUGGUAAUGGUAGAACCUGUAGCUGAACUUCUUGAUAAAAGCCCCGGGAACGUUGAGAGAGUGCAGGUUGGCUUGCAAAACUUCUAUCCCGAUCCUUCAACCUUCGAUCUGAUAUGGAUCCAAUGGUGUUCCGGUCAUUUAACGGACAGUGACAUGGUCGACUUCCUCAGACGUUGUGUAGAUGGGCUCACUGAUGAUGGCGUAAUAGUGUUCAAGGAUAACCUCUCUGCACAACAAGAAUCCGAGUUCGAUUGUGAAGACUACAGCUGGACAAGACCAGAAGCACUUGUUCUAGAGUUAUUUAGUAGAGCAGGCCUUAGAGUUGUUGCUGAGAAUUUACAGACAGGUUUCCCUAGUGGUAUGUAUAAAGUGAAAAUGUUUGCACUCAAACCGGUAACUAGCAAGUAUGCAAAGCCAGAGAACUAA